GUCACUGUCAUCAUAACAUUUGUCAAUUUUCAAUUUUCACGUUUGACGAUUGACGAAAAUAAUUCGAAAAUUUUUAGGUCUUUAAAACAAUUUCUGUAAGAAUCAAAACUAGACAAGAACAAAAAUGAGUACGAUUUUAGAAAAGAUUGCGGCAAUUGAGUCCGAAAUGGCCAGGACCCAGAAAAACAAAGCUACAGCAUUGCAUUUGGGUGUUCUUAAAGCUAGAUUAGCUAAAUUAAGAAGAGAACUAAUUACCCCAAAAGGUGGCGGCGGGGGAACCGGCGAAGGUUUCGAUGUUGCUAAGACUGGUGAUGCUAGAGUGGGUUUCGUUGGGUUUCCUUCAGUUGGUAAAUCAACGUUGUUAAGCAAUUUAGCUGGCGUUUAUUCUGAAGUAGCUGCAUAUGAGUUUACAACACUUACGACUGUUCCGGGAUGUAUCAAAUACAAAGGUGCUAAAAUACAGUUACUUGAUCUACCAGGAAUUAUAGAAGGUGCAAAAGAUGGCAAAGGUAGAGGUCGACAAGUAAUCGCAGUAGCAAGAACUUGCAGUCUUAUUUUCUUAUGUUUAGACGUCUUGAAGCCUUUAGUUCACAAAAAAUUAAUUGAACAUGAAUUGGAAGGUUUUGGUCUUCGGUUAAAUAAACAACCUCCAAAUAUAUAUUUCAAAAAGAAAGAUAAAGGUGGAAUUAACUUAAAUUGCAUGGUACAACAAUCUGAAUUAGAUGCAGAUACUGUAAAAACUAUUCUUUCUGAAUAUAAAAUUCACAAUGCUGAUGUUACUUUGAAGUAUGAUGCUACGAGUGAUGAUUUAAUUGAUGUAAUAGAAGGAAAUAGAAUUUAUGUACCGUGUAUUUAUAUUUUAAAUAAAAUAGAUCAAAUUAGUAUUGAAGAAUUAGAUGUAAUAUAUAAAAUACCUCAUUGUGUACCUAUAUCUGCCCAUCAUCGAUGGAACUUUGAUGAUUUAUUAGAAAAAAUGUGGGAAUAUCUAAAACUAGUACGAAUAUAUACAAAGCCUAAAGGACAAUUGCCAGAUUACAAUUCACCAAUUGUAUUGCACUCUGAUCAUACAUCUGUUGAGGAUUUCUGUAAUAAGCUACACAGGAGUAUUGCAAAAGAAUUUAAAUAUGCUUUGGUGUGGGGAUCAUCUGUCAAACAUCAGCCACAAAAAGUCGGUCUGGAUCAUAUUUUAUCGGAUGAAGAUGUUGUUCAAAUUGUUAAGAAAGUUUGAUUUUUGUUACAUUAAUGAAUAAGUGUACUCAUCCUCUAUUUGUGUAGGAACUAAAUUAUUAUAAGCAAUAAAACUAUUUUUUAACAUCACUAAUAGUUUAUUGCUUGGAAGCUUUUUAUAUAAUGAGAUCUAUUAUUAAACAAAAAUU